AUCUUCUGUACGCGCGCCCUGGCCGCAACAGCCUCAACCUUGACACGUGCUUCCCCGCGAGGCGCCCCGCAGCACCCAUCCAUGCGAGCUGUGGCGCGCCAGAGUCGGAUUGCGACGAGUCCAACCCCGCCGCAGGCCGUCAUCACUCCACCACCGCAAACGAGUCUCAGAUGUUCUUGGACUCGGGUCCUCUGACCAGGGGGCUGAUAGAGACCCUCCUCAUGAUUGGGGGAAUUGAGAGCAACCCCGGGAUGUCGCAGAAUUCGGACUCCCCGGGCGGCUCUGGUGGACGACACUUAUUCACCAUCCCGCCCUGGCAGGAGGUCCACGAAAGCAGCCGGCCAAAAGCACUUGACACUCGGGUGUUUGAGGAGUGGCAGCUACAGAAGUCUGAUGUUGGGGCGGUGACGUCGGCCCGCUCCACGAGCCAGCCAACUCAAUCGGGGAUGGAGCAGCCGAUUGCGCUAGGAAUCAGCGAGGAGGGGGGCCCCUCCUCCAGCGCCCCGCCUCCUGCUACCGGACCCCAUCCUACUACACAGCUGGCACCUUCGGAGGCAGCGGAGGUUGCAGGCCGGAAGAGGGCAACCCCGAGCAGGGAAAGCUCCUCGCCACCCAUCGGUACUACGCAACAGACCGAAAGCCCAAACGAAGCGGCUAUGCGCCACGAGCCAACAUCCCGUGAGCCUGCCAUCUCCAAAGAGCUUCCGUCUCAAGGAGAGCGUGCUACUCGUUCCGGCGCGCACGCAGAAGUCGACGUUGAUCCUGGGAACACGGUGCUUCCGAACCUGGAAGAACCUUCGGAAUUGGAGCUGGCUGAGUUUCUCGCCGAGAGGCGGGCUCAGGCUACAGAGGGAGGCGAAGCCGGAUCCGCAUUCACACGAGUGGGGGAUCUCGCAUUCCCAGUGAAUGCAACAGCGCUCGAGUGGCAUGGCCGACCCCACAAGGUGACUGCGCGUGGUGCUCGCAAUUCUCGACGAGCGACUGGCCGAAAGAGGUCCCUGGAUGCGAGGAGCCCCGUAGACGAUGCGAGGGUGCACAGGCGCACCGGUCCCACUGCGCCAGCUGCAUCUGAUGAGGAUGCUGACGAGGACAUUGAGGACUCUUCUGGGGAGUCGGAGUCGGAGAUUGAGCCGGAUUCCGAUGACCUCAGAGCCAUGGACGAUUCUCAACUGUCAGAUGACGACCCCAACGUGCACCGUGCAGUCGACGAGACGCGUGAGAGGGGGGGCGUGCCCAGGUCUGUGGAUGCUGCUUUCGCUGGCAUGCGCUUGCGGAUGGGGGAGAUGCGGCGGCAGGAGGAAGCGCCGGACUUGGACCGUCCAUCCGAUCCUGAACUGGGUCACAGCUCCCUGGUGUAUGAGGCAGUGCCCGAGCCGGUGGUGCAGUCUGACCCGCUCACAGGCAACGAGGUCUUCAAGAAGGACGACUUCCGAGUCCUACGCGUGCGAGAGCAUGGCACCAACUGCUUCCAUCAAACCAAGGCCAACCCUAGGGGGCGCCUUCCUGGUCCAAAGCUUUUUAUGCAGCAAGAGGCUGCGCUCCUGAACCAUGAAGCCCAGGUUGUUCUGCACAAGUGGUCUGGCAAGGUCAGGAACGGGGUUAGGAUUUCGUGGCGCAGCUUCGCUUCGUACCCAGACUGGGAGACAGCUCGGUCGCAUCUGGAGGGGCGGCACAAGUCGGUGACCGAAAUCAUCCAACACGGGAAGCCCUGCAAGCCCUACCUCGACCUCGACGGUAAAGACGGACUCCCCCUUAAAACGAAGCGGGCGCAGGAGACAGACGGUGGGGUUGAAGCCGGACACGGGGAGGGGGAGAGGCACACGAAGGAGGAGGUCAUGGGGACGAUCGAGGAGUGGGCCGGAAUUGUCUUUGCGGCUUGCUAUGGCCAUGAGCUGGAGAAGAGCAGCUUCGUGUGGAUCGAGAGCUCCGGCCAGGCGAAAUUCAGCCUCCACCUCACCAUCAACCAGCUGGCGCCCCGCCAGCUCGUCUUCGGCUCUAACACGGGGGGGGCGGCCCACUUUGCGCGGCGGCUCAAAGAGAGGUUGCGCCAAUGGCACUCGAGCAUCGCCGCCCUCAUCGACCUCAACGUGUACACAGUGGAUCGUGAGUGGCGGACCCCGGGGAGCGCCAAGGUGGAGAGGCCGGAGAGCGUUUUGUCAUGCGUUGACCGGAGCCGUUCCUGGAAGGAUGCCCUGGUCACCUGGUUGGAGCCCCUCGAGGCCCGCGAAGAGGUCAAGGUGCCGUUCCAAUUGCCUGAGAGGCUUCACGAGAGGUACAAAAACCCUCGAGACAUGUCUGAGCGGGGCACUGAGCGCAGCUCAAAGAACGAGGAGUUCGUCAAGGCCCGCAUGCUCGCCCUUCUUAGAGAGCGCUUGCACCGGACCGCUUAUGAGGAAGGCCCUGAUCGCUUCAACUACAGCGAUCGCUCGGAGCCGUGCUACACAGGUCGAAUCCAUGAAAACCACCAGAAUCUAACCUGCCACCUCAACCCAAACGGCAAGAUCUAUGCCCUCUGCUUCAGCAACAACACCGAGGGCGGAGACUCAGAAUCGCCGUGCAUUAGCAGGGCGUUCUACCUCGGAGACCUAUUCGAGGACAACGUCUCGUUCGAAGCUGGCGCCGUCAAGGUAGACGUGCAGCACCUGAAGCGGGUUCCUGGCGCGUCAACCUCUGAGCUUUUGGCCGAGGUAGCAGCGGGGUCAGCGACGGCAGACGACCUAAUGAAGCUGAACACGGUCGCCAACGAGUGGAUCGCGGGCAAGUUCCCCCUCCUUGGCAUCCGGUCGGGUGUGAAUACCGGCAAGACGGUGUUCUGCGGGGCGGUCUCGGACGAGCUUUUCGAGCUGGUCCGGCAAGCGAGCGGCCGCCCAAUGAGAACUUGCAUGAUCACCUACCGUGGAGCGCAGGCGGAGGAUCUCAAACAACGCUUUCCCCGCACCGCAAAUUAUCUCGACCUGAAGGCUGAUUAUGAGAACGAAUGGUUUGAGAAUCCGGAUGACAAGCACACUCUUUUAACGGCGCUCCAAUCCCGUGAGCGAUUCCCGGAGAUCGUGAUUCAAGUCGACAGUCUUCUGAAUCUCCGGCCUGGUCGCAUUGGUGAGGUUCCUCCCUUCGACCUCGUGAUCUUGGACGAAGUGGCCAGCAUCCUCGCGCAUCUCUCGGCUGCGACCCUGAGAAACGGCAUGGAGACUGGGGAGCUGUUCCUGGAGAUCGUGCAACGGGCAACGCGGGUGCUGGCUAUGGACGACGGAUAUGGGCAGCGGGAGCACGACUUCUUUCAACUCGCGGCCGUGCAUGGAAAGCUCAUCAUCAACACGAGAAGGGCAUCGGUUCCCCUUACGUUUCGCGUCUGCCAGGAUGAGAGGGCGUGGCUGGAGCGCAUUGUCAGUGAUCUUGCUGCUGGCAAGAACGUGGUCGUGGUCAGCAUGUCUGCAAAAGUUUUGGAGCGCAUCCAAGACCGAGUGAUCACGCAGAUCUCGCUCACGGAGAGCGACAUUCUCAUCCACAAGGCCCUCAGUGGGGGGGACAACACGGCUCUCUUGAGGAACGUUGCUGUAAACUGGAAGGUCCGUCUGCUCAUGUACAGCCCAACCGUCGAGGCUGGCGUGAACUUCGACGAGGAUUGGUUCCACACCAAAUUCCUCUACAUGUGCCGCAAGAGCACGACGGCUCGGGCGGCCUGGCAAGCGACGCUGCGGGUCCGGCGAACGCAGAGCUCGCUGGUCCAUUGUUUCGUCCAGGAGUCCAUCUCUGUUGUGCUCGACUGUGCGCCGGAGAUCCCAGCCUCCUGUCUUCAUACUUCUCGUCAGAGUUCGACGGCCCCGGCCGUGCAGACACCCGACCCCGGCGACGAGUCGCCUUCACAGGAGGGCAACCGCUUGGACCAGCAAGUUGCGGCCGGAUCUCCUCUCAACCGGGCGUCGAGGCCCCACCAGCCAGCCGUAGAGACUGCGAAUCCGAAGCAGCAGCUCAAGGGGUCCUUCAACCUCCCACGCCGCGUCACUCUGGCGGAGACACUGCAGUAUCUACAAGCCUGCACCACCUAUCAGACGGCUGCGUGGAGGCGAGUCGUUUCGCGCACCGAGAACUCUGCCCGUGCUGUCCGCCUGAUCGAGGACGGCCCCCUCUUCCGUGCCUACGUGCACACUGAAGCAGAGCGGCGGAACUCGGACGCGCGGCUUCUUCAGGACUUCCAGCUGCAGGUCGCGCGAGCUGGCCACGUGGUAGAGAUUGAGCAAUGCGAGGAGGAUUCAGAGAAGAGUGCAAAGCGGCGUGGGUUGGAUCCAGAGGCUUUCAAGAUCAUAGAGGCGAAUGCGAUCGAUGCAGCGGAGUAUAGGCGGUUGAAGCGGUUGCGAGAUGUGAAAAGGGACAAAGGGGCAGAGAACCUAGAGGUGAUUAGGUAUGAGGCCUGCCUGUACUACGGUCUCAAGAACCUUGACGAGCACUUCUUCAAGGAGACCAAGGCCGCCUUCAAGCCCCCGUUUUCGAAGCAGCUCGACUUCCUGCUCAAGGUCAUGGUGGAGGGGAGGUUCCUUGACGAGGGGACAGUGGCUCGCAAGAGCAACGAGGUCGUCAUGGUGGAAGCCGCACGGACGUUGCUCAAGGACAUGGGCCUUGCGCAUCCUCUUGAUGUGCGCGGGGAGACUCGCUCGCUGCUGGCAGGCGGACUCAGAGAUCGGCUGCUGGGGUCGGAUCUGUUCAAAGGCCGCCCUAAGCGCGCUGGUGCAAAAGUGGCAAUGGCUGAGCGUGCCGUUUCUGAGAUGUUUGGCAUUCACUUGCCGGCACCCAAAGAGGGAAAAGCUCAUCUUGACCCGGGCCAGUUGAAGACGGUUAUGAAUGGUGUGCUCAAGUACAUGGGCCUCAAAGUUGGGAAGCAGAUCGAGGUGAAGCGUCCACGGCGAGGGAAGGGGAAGCAGAACGAGUCGGGGUCUGGAAACAGCGACUACAAGUACAAGUUGGAGCGAAAGUACGUUCUUAGAAUGGCAAAGCUCGUCAAGUUGCAGUUCCGUGAAGUCCCUCGAGUCUGGCAGUACAGGGGGGAGCUGAGCCCCGCACUUCGAGAGUACCUCGACAGCGUAGAUGCGAGUGACUUGGAUAACCUGCUACGGAGGCCGUCUGGCCAACCGUUGUUGGAGGAUCUUGCUGCGCCACAGGUGUUAGGCGACGAUGACAUCGGCCUUUGUAUCAUUGUGCCGAAGGACAAGUUACCGAGUGAUUAA